GCGAGAGUGUGUGGACAACAUUGCACUGCAUUUAACACUGUAUUCACAAUUGAGUUACAAUUGAGAGCACACGUGGACUUAACUUACGUCGAGUUAAUUAGUCUUAUAUUUAGUUUAUUUAGCAUUUGAUUCAUUCAUAAUAUAAACUAAACAUGAAAUCAUUCAUAAUUUGUGUCCUCUUUUGUCUCAUAUCUCAUGCCAUUUGCGAUGACGAGUCGUUUGCAGAACUCAAAGUGGAAGUGGUGUCCAAACCGGAUGACUGCAGCCGUAAGUCAUCGAAAGGUGAUAUGUUGUCAAUGCACUACAGGGGCACCACUGAGGACGGCAAAGAGUUUGACUCCAGCUAUUCCCGUUCGGAACCGUUUAAGUUUCAGUUAGGCAUCGGACAAGUGAUCAAAGGGUGGGACCAGGGAUUGCUCGACAUGUGCCCCACGGAGAAGCGAAAGCUGACGAUCCCCUCACACCUGGCCUACGGAGACGCCGGCGCCGGCGACCGCAUCCCACCGAAGGCCACACUUGUGUUCGAAGUGGAGUGCGUUGCCGUCGAAGACGGACCCACUCCUGUCAAUGUCUUCGCCGAGAUCGACGCCAACGAUGACAACCAGCUGUCGCGCGAAGAGGUGAGCUCAUACCUGAAGAAGCAGAUGCCGGAAGCGGCGAAAGCAGGAGUGAAGGAUCUUCCAGAUCAGGACAAACUCGUCGAAGAGAUCUUCCAACACGAGGAUCAGGACAAGAAUGGCUUCAUUUCGCACGAGGAGUUCAGUGGACCC